AUGAGCCUGGACUCCCUGUUCCAGCAAAUUCUCCUCACAGAGCAGCAAGCAGAGGAGAAGCGGCGCCUCAUGCACCAAGUUAAAUUAGACAUAAACAGAAGUCGUGAAAAAAUUAAGCAAAUAACAGAAGAGCUGAAUGAAGCAAAAAUAAAAUUAGAAACUAAGGUUCAACAGCUGUCUGAAAAGCUCUUCUACUUACAGCUUUUGAAGAACCGUGAAGACAUCUUAGAGAAAAAGAAAGUUGAACUUAUGAAUCAAAGGAGUAUUUUUCUCAAAAUCUUUUCAGAUACAAAGAGGAAAAUGAUUGAAGAAGAGGAGAAUUUUAUUAAGGAAAUCACAGAUUUUAACAACGAGUAUGGACUAACAUGUAACAGAGAGCUUUUGAUUAGAAAAAAAGCCAAGACUGAAAUACUUGACUUAGAAACUAAGGCAAAUAUUUUGAAAAAUGAAAUGGAGUCAAUGGAACGUGAAAAUGCUCAGUUAAAUGCACUCCAGCUGCAGAAGCAUGAAUUAAAGCAGGAUUUAUUUACUCUCCAGAGCAAACUCAAAGAUACUGAAGAACAACUACGUGAAGCUGAAGACAUUACAAAAUGUUUAGAAGCAGAAAAAGUCAAAGCUAGUGAAAAGCCUCAGACUGACAUUGAAUGUUUAAGGAUUAAAAAAGAACUGGACAUUUACAAAGAUGAUGACUUGGAAAAUGUUUGUGAAGCUCUUCAAACAGAAAUUGAAUUUCUGCAGAUGAAAUUAUCACAAAAGUCUUCAGGCAAAUAA